AUGACACCUCUAGUGAAUGCGCUGACCAAACUUCCAGGCUACCUGUUCUUCACCGCUGUCGGUAUCCUCUACGGCUUCAAAAAGCCCCUCGCCUUCUUCGACUUUGCCUCCGUGAACAGCAUAUCCUACACCGCCGUCCUCCGUAACACCUUCAACCUUGUCAUCACGACACCAACACAGGAAGUUGAAUUCGGCAUGCUCGACCAAGCAGAUUUCGCCGGCAUCAACGAAUAUGUGCAACGACAUGGGUUGCAGGAUGCGAGUCUGGCUGAUGCUCGUCGGGCAAAAAAGCUCAAUGUCAACAAGAGUGCCAGGAAAGAAGGUGGUGUCGAUGGCGCGACUGAGGCAGGUGCAGAGGAAGAGAGUGAAUUGCAAAAGGCGGAAAGGGAACUACAGGAUCAGGAAGAUGACGAGGAAGAGGAUGACGAUUUUGACCCUGGGAGUGAGGGCGAGAGUGAGGGUGAAGGAUCAGGCAGCGAGGAUGACGACGAGGGAGGGGGUUAUGACGAAGGUGAUACGAACGGGAUUGCAGACGAACAUGGAGAUGGUGAGGAAGAUGAUGAAGAUGAGAUGCAGCACUGA